AUGACAACUCAAAUCUAUCAGGUUCCAGUUGUCAGUAAUGGUCUUAGAGAAACUGAAUCUAUUCUUCAAAUUGUAGAUUCACUUGAAAAACUUGAAAAGGUUUUUAAUGAUAUGUAUUCAACAAUUUCUGCAAGAGUAUCACAUGAAAAAUCAAGAAUUGAUAAUGUUGCAAAUAGAUUAAAUAAUGCACAACAUAAAGUUAAUCAAAUUGUUGGUAGUAAACAAGCAAUAACAGUAUUUAGUAGUGCAAAAUAUCCAGCAGAUAAGAAAUGGGGAGAUUAUGUACCAAUUUAUAGUGGAAAACAUAAAUUACCAUUUAAACCAUCACAUUAUCAUGGAUUGAAUAGUGAAGAUAGUCCAAUUAAAAAGAGACCAGAGGAUUCAUAUUUGGAUGUAAAUGAUUUAGUUUUCAUUGAAAAGAGUAUUGAUACCACAUCGAAAGAAGUGGAGGUUAAGGAAGGUCUUGGUAGAAUUCCAGCACAGAUUCCAAGUGUUUCAAAUCUUUUAUUAUUUAAUACUCAAGAGAAUCCAUACAAAAAGUAUUCAAAUACAUUGGACAAUUUAUCAGGUGGUGAUGGUGGUGAAGAUGACUACACAAUAUUUGGUGACCAAUUGUCAAAGAAGAAGAGAUUGGGUGACGCUCCAGUCACCGUUAAAGAUGGUGAUAGUAGAAUCGAUGCUGAAAACGUUAAAAUCGGUUACGAACCUGGUACUUUUGAAAUACCAGUUUACAAUUUCCCUUCAAUUUUACCACUUCCAAAUGUAGCUGAAAAUAUUACAUGGGCUGCUGAAUCUCAAAGUAUUGCUCCAUCUCAAAAAGCGACUUUAAAUUUAUUACCAACUUAUGAUAAUUCAAACUCAGGUAGUGCACCUGUAAAUCAAUCUUCAGGUGGUGAUAAUAAUGUAAAUAAUAAUAAUAAUAAUAACAAUAGUAAUAAUAGUACAGGUAUAAUGCAACCACCACAACCUACAAAUGCACCACCACCUCCUCCACCACCACCACAAUCUGCUAAUGCCCCACCACCACCUCCACCACCACCUGUUUCUGCUCCACCACCAUUUAAUCCACCAAGUGUUAAUAGUAACAAUGAUGACGAUGAUGAUGACGAUGAUGAUAAUGGUGGCGGCGGUGGACCAGGUGGUGCUAUAGGUGAUUUAUUGGCUGAUAUUCGUCGUGGUCAUAAAAAUAGAUUAAAAAAAGCUGAUGUUGGUGGAGAUAAUGGUGAUGGUGAAGAUAAUAAACCACCACCAGUUUCUGAUGGAGGUGGCGGUUUAAUGGGUGAUCUUUUCAAAAAAUUAGCACUUCGUAGACAAUCCAUUGCAACUACAAAAUCAACUAAAAAACAAUCAAAAUCAAAGAAAGAAGAUACUGAUGACCAAGAUGGUGAAUCUGAUACCGAUUCUUCUGAAUGGGAAUAA